GUCACCCUUUUCGAGCAACGCAUUUUUGUCUGUUUUUAAAAUACACCCGUAAUUUUUCUGGGCGUCCAUUCUCUCGCACCAUGUACUAAGAAAAAUAAACACUGGUCAAUAUAAAGCGCUGCAGCUAUGGUUUUAUGAUAUCUUUUUUAUUCAAGCUGGACGUGAUGUCGAAAGCCGUCAUUAUUCCGGAGUGCAACAAGGAUAUAGGGGGUAUGAAGGAUGAGAUAUCGAGUUCUCCUCCUGAGAAGAGGGAAGGAGCUAUGGGCUUGUUUAGUCGCUUGUUGCGACUGGACGGCUUGAAGAGGAGCGCAGUGGCCCCGACGCCGACGGAGCCCCCGACGACGUACUACGGGGUGUACAUUCCUUGCGAAAUUAAAAAGGGUCCAGAUGAAGAAGCAAUACAUGUGUAUGAAAACAAGGCGGAGGCGCUAGAGUUAGUCCGACGCUACAAACUCGGAAGGUUCAAGGCGUUCCAUGACCGGAAGGAAGCAGUGUCUUUCGCGCUUCGAGGGGCUGAGCCUGCAGACACUACAGACGGAAAUGAUAGCUCGUUAAUGGGUGAAAAACCCUAUCCAUUCAAGGCGCCAUCUCCCCAAGACAUGGUGGCUCUUCGGAAGUCGAUCGAGAAGGGUCUGCUGGCCGCCGUGAGGGAGCGCGUGUGGGACAACCCGCGGUACCUCGUCAGCAGUGGGAACACACCGGCUAUCAUGCAGGAGGGUUCCCGCUAUAACGCUUUGCACGUAGCAGCCAAAGCGUUAAACGCAGAGAUGUGCAACCUUGUGUUGACAACUGUUGGCAACCCUGCCUUCGUCCAGACUCUGUAUGGGCUAGAUGCUGACACAGAUUGCUGCAAGGAAUUCGCUGCAAUCCUAGUGGAUCGCUACCUUAACACUCCAGACAAAGGCAUGAACGAGACACCGCUACACUUCGCCGCCAAAUUCGGAGCUGAAGCGUGUGUAGAUGUCCUUACGUCUUUCCCUCAGUGUAACAAGCAAGCUACGAAUAAGUUCGGCGAGCAACCUAAAGAUAUAAUCUGCAAACGCGCAAAUAAUGCAUCUCCUGAGUGUGCGCGGCGCAUAUCGGGAAUGCUAGAAGAACGUUUCUACGUUCCUGUGUUGCAUGCAGAGGAUGGUAGCGCAGCACCCUCUAUCGGCCGCGCCUUCACGCCCGCCGCUCCGCCUGAAAUAAAUCGCGACCCGCUCAGCCCGCGCUACGAGAUCCGCGCCUUCGCCGGCCCCAUGGCGGCGCGCGAGGCCGACUGCUUCCGCCGCAAGUGGAAGACGCCGCCGCGCAAGCCCAAGCUACAGGCGCCCGCCUUCCGGCUCAGGGAGAUGACUAAGGGACUCGAGACUGUGGGCAGGAACCUAGCAGAAGAAAUGAAAGUAGGCUGGAAAGAGUACUGGCCCUUCCUCGACACUUUCACAGACCUCCGAACUCCUGAAGGACUAGCGCUACUAGAAAACUAUCUCAAGACCAAGUACGAGACCGCCUGCUCCUUCGCAUACAGCGACAGUUGCGCGCAAUCUCACUCCCCUGAAGAUGUCUCCGUCUCCAGGAUCAGCUUAGGAAACCUAGCCAACCUCUCGCAAACCCCUACCAAACAAAACUCAGUACUCAGCCCCAUGUCCGAACUAUGCGUCGCCAUGAAAACCUGCACCAUAUCUUCAGACAGACCCGCCCAUUGGAAGAAAACCGACCCAAUCAGACAACGAAUGUGCCGGCAACCCACAAAAGCUUUAACCAACGGCGACAUAGCCUCACCAACCACCCACCCAAACCACUCAGUCAGCCAACUCGUCUGUAUAGAAAGAACCUGUCAAGUAUUCGCUAAAAGAAUCGCCGACGCUCUAACCUUCUCUCUAACAUCCGAACCAGAAGUCGCUGGAGAAUCUCUAAAAGCCGAAGCGAAAUACUUACAACACACAAUGUACACUUAUAUGGACGACGAGCGAUUUCAGAACAUCAACUUCGCUUUAAUACAUUCGCGGCUAGCUCAGCUGGCCGUCUUCAUGUUGAAACGACAAACUAAAGACACUGAUGAUGUAAACAGUUUAGCGCAGUUUUUGGUGAAACUACGUUGUCCGAACGACGAUAUAUUCAGUUCGGACGACGAGCAUAAAGCCACAAGAGGUCCGAGCAGGUUAAAAAUGUCUCAUAUAAUAGAUAGCCAUGUUAAAUGCUUAGCUAGUUUUAUAAGUGAGGAGCUGAUGGAGCCCGAGGCGAGUAAAGGGCCGUCGGUGUCUGAGGCGGAGUGUGCAGAGUUCUGGGAGAAGGCUUCUAAGUGCCGGUGUGACUGGAGGAUUGAGAAUUUCGAGAGGAACAGUAAGAAGAACGCGUCGUUUAGGAAGAACAGGUCGAUAUUGUCGACUAGUCCGAAGACGGAGAGUUUUAUUAGAAGGCUGACGUUUGAUUGUGAUAUUGGUGACGGCAAGAGUCAGCGCAACGAGAGCUCGCGGCCGCUCAGCGUGAACUCUCCCGGCGGCGACUCCGCGCCCGCGCUCUACGCUCUGGACACGGCCAAGUGCACCGUCGUGCCCGCCGAGAUAUCAGAAGACGAAUCAGGCGAUUCCAACAAUUCUGACGAGUAUCAGACCGCCUCGGAGCAUUCCGACAACGAUGAUGACAAAAUGGAGGACGCCAGCGACAGGGCGCUCGCCGAGCCCUUUAUAUACGGAGAGGAGCCGAGCAAGAUGGACCGACUAGUAUUCGACGCACUCACCCCGUGUAACAUCAGCCCCGAGACAUACCCUAACGUGUACCGGUGGAGGCACACCGUCGCGCUUUACUCACCCACAGAAAGAGAUAAAUGGGCAGCCCACGAUUUAAACGAGAGCGUCGCAUCAGCGUCCUUCAGCUACAACAGCCCAUUACGACAUCCGGCUACGCCCGCCGCGCACACGCCGCGCCGCGAGCGCUGCUCCACGCCCAACCACCGCGCUCCCGCGCUCGAGCCGCACCACGACCGCUCCGUGCCUCUGCAGGUAUCAAACUGGCUCCGAGUGACAGGUCCCAACUCGCCACGCGCAGCGCUAGCUACCAAGAACCUCGGCCAAAACGUCAGCUUCGGCUUUUGACCACCGCCCAGCUAGCACUGAUGACAAACCUUAACUUUACGCUGGACGCUUCUAUGCAAAAUAAUCAAACUUUCAGCUUAGACUGACCACCACUACCUAGCUAGCAACACUGAUGACAAGUCUUAACUAUACGCUGGACGUUUCUAUUGAUUAAAAUCAAACUGUUAGCUUCGGAUCCUGACCAACAGCAGCUUAGUAACACUAACAAUAUUGACACGCUACCAUUUCAAGUUGGACGUUCCAACCAAGCUAUCAUUGAUAAUCGAAAUGCGUAUAUGAGUAGUCUGAGAAAAUGGAGUCAGCGUAUGUUUUGGGGAAUAUUAAAUAAGUCAAUAUUAGUCUAAGGGGUCAUAAGGGACUACUUAGAAGUUACAAUUUUUAUUUUAUUAUUUCUUACCAUCACAUUUAUUCCGACUUAGUAAAAAAGGAACUGCUAAAAAAUUUCCAUAGCAGAAAUAAAAAAAAAAUGUGAUGAAUCGAUGGUACUGUUUUCGGUUACCGUAAUUGAUAUUUAAAUUGCUACGCUUUGUUAACGUUGAUUCAGUCGAAUCAAAGUAUUUCAUAAUUUUAUUACUCACUCAUCAUUUAAAAAAUAUGACUAAUCACUUUAGGCUGCUUCUUUUGAAUUUUCAUUAUUAGCAGAAAUUAUAGUCCAGCUGAGGUCCUUUAAAACAACAGGUUGUAUGCAGGCUUAUAAUUGACUUAAUGGUGCUUAAAAUGAAUGGUUAUAUAGAUUGUUAAUAUUGAGAAAACCGUUUAUUACACUUAUAAAAUACCUACUCCUCUAAUAAUCUGUACGGUCCAGACACCUAUUUCUUUUUCUCUAUUUUUUAUUUUAUUUUGCAUGACCCAAUACUAAAACAAUAUAUUAAAGUCACGAAGAAAUUUAUUUUUUUAUGAAUAAAUAUAAUUGCCCUAUAGUCGAUUGUUGGGAGAGGGUAAAUAUAAUUUUAUUUCUUGUAUAAUGUUAUGUAGUCUACUGAAAUGUGAAAAUGACAUAUAAUGUUAUAUUGUAAUUGUAUAUGUAUUGUAUGUAGAUUAUUUUUAUUGUAAGCUAUGUUUUUUUACUUAUAAUAGUAAAGUGACGUUUCGUUUAGCAGAUUUACUGUUAAAAUUGCCGCUUUUGUAUAAGAUUUGUACAUGAAUAUAAUUGUUGAUCAGUUGGAUAACUGAAUUGUCAUUUUACUAUUCGAAGUAUAAAAACAAGGUUUAGUGUACGUACAGUCACAGGCAUAAAGAAGUGAUGAUGAUUUCUGUACCUGAUUUCUGACUGUACCUAUAUAUUGAUCUGAGUGUACUUAGUUUCACUAAACAACGAAAUCACUUUCUCCCCAACUUUAUUCGAAUUACGAUUCAAUUGACAUAAAAAGUUGAUUCAAAUUGUAUUAAAUCCUGUUGCAACGUUGCUAAAUAAAUAGAUAUUAAAAGGAGUGACUGAACCUAAUAAAUGUUUAUGACAGUCUUAAAAUAUUUUGUAAAGACUGUUCUAAAUGUUAAAAUGUAUAGAGCUCCUAUAUAAGUGUCGACAUAAUGUUAUAGUAUACAUUCGUGAUAAAUGUGUUGUCUGAAAUCGGUGCGAGACACAAAAAAUUGACACUACUAGCCAUAGAAAAUCCAUUCAAUGGAUUUAAAAUAGUGCACGGCUAAAAUAAUAAUGUCUCACACAUAAUGAAUGCACAUGUGAAAUAAUUAACUUUCAAAUAGUUUGAACAUAUUGUUCAAUAUACAUCAAAGUGUGAUCCAAUGUGUGUGUUUAAUUUUAGCGGUCAAAAUUAGCUGUUAAAUGUUAUACCAAGUUAUGACGUCACUUAGUUAUUAAGAUGCACAUUCUAUGUUCUAUGUCGUUUGUUGAAGUCACUUGCAAAUAUUUUUGAUGUUUGAUCCUUAUAAUUAAAUAUUUGAUUGAAUUUGCCCUUAGAUAUUGUUUCUCCCCAAGAAAAGGCAGCAUAAUGUUAGUAAUUAUAAAAAUCUCACGAUUAGGAGUCGUUAUUGAUAUUUUUAGGAUUUAUUUUAUGUUUCUAGAUUGCAUUUCGUCGGUUCCCGAAUAAGACAAUAAUAUAAUUCACUGCGUUAGCAUUUAUAGUUUUGAUUUAUUCGUGCUGUCCUGUUUAAAUGCCAAAAUGCGAGUGGAAUGUUCACUGAGAAAUAUGUUUACGAAUGUUUGUACUUUUAUAUAAAAAAAGAUGUAAAAUAAUAUGUAUGUUUUAUUAUAUAAUAAAUUAUGACUAUAGUUA